AUGUCAACUUUCAAUAUGAUUCAAAAAUACCGCGCCAAAGAAUCUCUAAAAUCCACCCAAUAUAUAGUUGCAUUAUCAAGUGUUCAAUUAAUUGCUCAAGUUUUGAGCUCAUUAUCAACUAAUAUUUUAUUAACUGUUGGAACUUAUCUCAACUCAUAUUUCAAUGCAAUGGCAGCUUCUUUACUUUAUGUGAGUUAGAGUUAUUAUUAUGAGAGAGAAAUUAUGAAGAUUAUUUCAGUCAAUGCCAUAUUUUUGUUUGGCUCAUCCAAUUUUCAUAAUCUGGAUGUUGCGAAGAACGAGAAUUGAAAGACAAAAGAGUAUUGAGAAAAUGCGUUCACAAAAAGAAACACAGGAAGAUCAUAUAAUGAGGAUGAAUAGUGUUUGGGCUUAA